AUGCUUCUAGAUAGCUUCCAGUUCCAUGCUCACAUGAAAGGGUUUCCUAAUGUUGCUGUAGCCUUUAGGUUAGAUGUUGACGCAUUAGCAAGCGUUGCCCUGCUCCGGCUGUUUUUUCGUAUGCACCAUAUACCCUUUUCAGUCUACCCAACCUAUACAGAUUUCCAUCUCUUGAGCCUUCUGAAAACGUUAUCCCAGAUGACGUCCCUUAAAGCAGAGCCAAAUGAUCGAGUGGUAAUGUUAGUCAAUGCAGGUGCAACGCAAGACUUGACCCAGUACGAAAGUCUACGUAUCUAUGUAAUUGAUUAUUUUCGGCCCGCAUCUUUAGCCAACGUGGCGUCUCAGCAUGUCUUCCUGUUUGACGAAGGGCUAAUAUUAGGUAGUUUACUUUUAUCUUUUUUUCCGCAAAAGGCAACCCGGAUACUCCACGAGGCAAUGCUGUCUAUUCGUCUAAAUAAAGCCAGAGAAGGUGAGAAUGCGCCCCAUUCACAGAAGGAUGAGGAGGACUCAACUAACACAAUUGACACAAAAUCAUAUCGGAGAGUCAGACGAGAGGAUAAAGAGCGGGAACAGCCUGAUCAUGUUUACCCUGCCCAGGAUCAGAGCCUAUCGGACGAUCAGGACACUGAGACGAGUGAGAGCACAGACGCUCCGCAGCAUCAUCCAUUCGAUGGCUCUGAUACUGAUUUCAUUAACGUUCCAGCGGCACCUUCUCAAUCUGGCAAACUGGGUUUGCUCCUGGAUGACCCAAUCGAUCAGGACAUCUCACCCCAUGGUGAACCAGAAUAUUCUGAUAGCGUAAACAAGGAGUCCACCGAAGAAAGUGUCCAUUCCUCUCUUCAAGAUGGGGUCCAGCUGUCGUUCGUUUCAGAUGACACUCACCUCACUGAUGUGUCAAUGGGAGCAACACACCGACAGGUUGAUGUCCUGCUCAAGGAGGCUGAGCUCCAUAGUCACGAAUCCAGGCGUCACCUUAGUACCUCCUUCAACGCACAAGCACACCCCUUUAAGUAUUCAGACAUGACGAGACAAAGCGAAUCACAAGGAGAUAGUGUGCAGGAUGAUAGGCAGGAUGCUGUCGCAGCGGCCUUCGCUCUUUUGCAAGAGAAAGCCGCAUCUACGAGCUCCAUAACAGAACUGGCUACUUUGCAAGUCCUCUAUUGCAAGCUGUCUGCAGAAGAUUUUACCCACAUAUACAGGGUUCUCUCCAGUACUAUUUCUCAUCCUAGCUCGGCACAGGUGGCUAUGACAGCUGAGUACAUGAAGCUGCGGGCGAUAGCUUCCCCUUCGGCAAUUUUGCUUUAUAAUAUUCUCUCUGAAGAGGCGAAGACAGGCCUGUUUAUGAACAGAUCGUUGAUGGUCUCUAUUCAGUGGCAUGCGAUGACGGGGGCGGCUGGGGCGUUUGUCAUGCAACGUUGUUCUCUGAACGCUGUCAAGGACUUGCUAACCUCAUGCAUGAAUACGCUUCAGCUUAAAGAGAAGCAUUUUACCAGUACACUCAGUGUGUCUCAGUAUACCGCGGGGGCGAAGAACUUGAGCUUGGAGGAGGUCAUCGCCAAUUCUCAGCGAAAUGGCUCGCUGGAUAUGCAUGCCAAUGCUCCGAAAUUUACGACCUAUUCGGAUCCAGAGCCGAGUGUAGGCUCUGUAGUAGGCUCUGCUGUGGGCAACGAAGAUUCGCUGCACUCAAUACUGAGCCAGAGCAGCAGACUAAGCAGUCUUCUUAACACUAACGACACUGGACCUGCUUUUACAAAAUCCAUGCAAACAUCGCUACCACUCCAUGAUCCUCUCCCCUACGUAGUUGUUAAUGAUCCGUUCUUGUACUGCCUGCGCAUGACAUCUUUAUACAAUGCACUAUGCUUCACUAACAGCAGUCUCCUUCGCGCGGUCUUCGACAGUUAUGUGAGCAAUCGAAAGUCUCUUCAGACAGCGACGACUGCAAAUAUGGUCAGCUUCUUCUGCAAUAUCAAUGGGUUUGGUCCAGAUCUCUAUCAGAAGAGCUGGUCUGAGCAGGACAACAACGCUCGUUUCUUUAUUCUUUCCCAGUACACAGCCAGUAUCAGAAAGACAAGUGCUCCUUGGAGAUCUAUUCCCUUCGUGCCAAAUAUGGUUUAUACCACAGAAACAAAUGUGGAGAUCAGUGCUUUUGAUAUGGCGUAUCUUCUUGAGGGCUUGAUGAUGCUUUUGCCUCCCAGCCAUACCCGUAAACCUGACAGGGCGGAGCCUGAGGAUAAUAAUGGUAACACGCAGGUGCCUCUGGUUGUGUGCGACGAUCUAACGCACGCACAAUUAUUAACGAUGAUGUACAAAUGCGCCUUUGCAGGUCCUGACGAGAUUCUAGAGUUGUCUACCACCCGCAGAUUUGCUACCAUUUUCCAGCGGAUCCUUGAUACUCGCUCAGAAAUCCUUCAACAUGCGCAGAAAUCAUAUCUGUUCUAUCGGCAGCGUUAUAGAAAGAUCGACCCCAUCCCAGGAGUCCACGUUUCAGAGCUACCAGUGGCCAGCCUAAGCCACUCGCUUCUGUAUUUUAGUAAGGUCGUUGCAGAGUUUCGGCUACUCUGCGUGCACCGGCAUCUUCAGAGCCUUUCGCGCUCUCCAAUUAGCUUUAGAUUUAGGUAUGGACAUAAAGAUUUGCAAGUGAUUCUGCCGUCUGUAUCCUCGCGAGACGCUGGUAGAUGGAGAAGGUACACCCAUAUUUCACCGAAGCAAAGCUUUGAGGAUACAUUACAGCGGCAGAGCGUAAUCCUGGUCUUCAAGGGGCCAGACUAUGCCCUAGCGUCUGGGGCAAGUGCACGUUUGAGCCUCUUCGAUGCGUGGUUGGCUAAUAGCCUGCCGCCCAUAAGAGAAAUUCUUACCAAGAAGGGUGUCUUUACGGAAAGCUGUGUUGAACACGAUGCCUCUGUGGUGACUGUGCCAUUGCAAAUGACAUUUACCAUAUUACCAGUCAUCAAGGGAUUUAUGGCAGCAAACUUAGAAGCAGAAAAUGCGCAGAUAAAGAAGAUAAUCGAUCAAAAGGAGAGCUCAAAGCAUGAAAAGCAUAAGCAAGGAGUGGAUGCAGAUAACGAGGAUGAGCAGGCUAAGCAAGAAAGCGAAGCUGACGACAUCUGUGUCGAUGAGGGUGUUAGUAAAUAG